UGUCUCCGCAAGGAGUGCGCAGCCGGUGCUCUGUGGGCGAAUUGCGAGCAGUCUUAGGGGCGCGGGUCUUGAGGCCGAGGGGGAAAGGCGCGGACGCCUCAACGUGUCCUCACGAGUGCACUUUUUGAGCACGUUAAGCGGAGUAUAUAUAAAGGAGGGGGUGUUCUCCUCUCCCCCUCCCCAGUUCUAAGAGGAGUUCAGCCGGAGAGGGCUGGGUGCCUGCAGCGGGCAGGAAGAGAGCGCUGCAGGGCGGUGCUAUGAGAAGGCAGUAGCCGUUGCUUGUGGGAGUGGGGAGGCAGGGCUGGGGGUACUGUUGACUUUUGGGGGUGCCAUUACUGAAACGGCUGGCUGGUCGUGCGGAGGCGGCGCUAGAGAGCGCGCGGGGGAGUGGAGCGAUCCAGAGGUGAGCGGAUUCGGAGGACUCCUCGACGGCUGAAGCUCGCGAUGGGGCCGCUGCUCUCUCUCGGGGUUGGACUCUUGCUGCUGCUGCUGUGGGCCCGCUACAAGGGGAUUGCGUAUGUGCUGGUCCAUCACCGCUGGAUUUUCGUGUGCCUCUUCUUGCUGCCCCUUUCGAUCCUCUUCGACAUCUAUUACCAAUUCCGCGCGUGGGUUGUGCAGAAGCUUCACAGUGCGCCCCGACUGCAUAACCUGCGAGUUCGCAACAUCCAGGAACAGGUACGAGAAUGGAAAAAGGAAGGCCAAAAAACAUACAUGUGCACAGGCCGCCCUGGCUGGCUUACAGUAUCUCUUCGUGUGGGAAAGUACAAGAAGACUCUUAAGAACAUAACAAUUAACUUGAUGGAUGUUCUGGAGGUUGACAUUGAAAGACAGGUUGUCCGUGUGGAACCCUUGGUGUCAAUGGGGCAGUUAACAGCACACCUCAAUCCCUUGGGCUGGACUAUUCCAGUGGUACCAGAACUUGAUGAUCUGACAGUAGGUGGCUUGAUCAUGGGAACUGGCAUUGAAUCUUCCUCCCAUAACUAUGGACUAUUUCAGCAUACCUGUGUGGCUUAUGAACUUGUCCUUGCUGAUGGAAGCCAUGUGAGGUGUACACCAGAGGAGAACUCAGAUCUAUUUUAUGCAGUGCCUUGGUCUUGCGGCACACUGGGCUUCCUGGUUGCAGCAGAAAUAAAGAUGAUCCCAGCAAAGAAAUACGUGAAAUUGCGUUAUGAGCCUGUGAGAGGAUUGAAGACAAUCUGCAAGAGAUUUGCUGAAGAAUCUGGGAAGAAAGAGAAUCAUUUUGUCGAGGGUCUGGUGUAUUCUUUGGAAGAAGCUGUGAUAAUGACGGGGGUUUUGACCAAUGAAGCUGAUCAGGACAAGAUUAAUAGACUUGGGAACUACUACAAACCAUGGUUUUUUAAGCAUGUGGAGAACUACCUGAAGACUAACAAAACAGGAACUGAAUAUAUUCCAGCAAGGCAUUACUAUCACAGGCAUACACGGAGCAUUUUCUGGGAGCUCCAGGACAUCAUUCCUUUUGGCAAUAAUCCUAUUUUCCGCUACUUGUUUGGUUGGAUGGUUCCUCCUAAAAUCUCCCUUUUGAAACUAACCCAAGGGGAAGCAAUUCGAAAGCUCUAUGAGCAGCACCAUGUGGUUCAGGACCUGAUGAUCCCCAUGAAAAGCCUUGAGCAGUGUGUUGAAACCUUCCACAGUGACAUUAAAGUAUAUCCACUGUGGCUGUGCGCUUUCAUACUGCCUAAUAACCCUGGCAUGAUUCACCCAAAAGGAGAUGAAACAGAGCUCUAUGUAGAUGUGGGAGCAUAUGGAGAGCCCAAAACAAAACAUUUUGAAGCCAUGGCUUCCACCAGACAAAUAGAAAAGUUUGUAAGGAACGUUCAUGGUUUUCAGAUGUUAUAUGCCGAUUGCUAUAUGACGCGUGAGGAAUUCUGGGAAAUGUUUGAUGGCUCCCUAUACCACAAGCUGAGGAAGCAAUUUCAGUGUGAUAAUGCUUUUCCAGAGGUUUAUGAUAAAAUAUGCAAAGCUGCAAGGCAUUAAGUCUAACUCAGCCAAACAAGCAAUUGGGGGAAGUUGGAUUUAACAAUUACUAAUUGCUCUGCCCUUAACAAAAUCAUACUGUUGCUGUCCAGAGACUUCAAGCAUAUUUGAGAGUAAAUACUCCUCACUGUAUAUGAAAAUAUAACUGGUAAUUUCAUUUUAAAAUAAUGUCUACCCUUCUUAAUGUCCUUUUAUAGGAAUUUCCAUUUUUAACCUAUGUGGUUUAAUUAUAGCUUAGCUAUAGAUCUAUAUAUUUAGUAUUGAUAUCUUAUAGAAGGGGGAAAGGAAAAAUCUGAAUCCUAAAGUAGUACAGUGACUUAUUAUAGUAGAACUACAAUUCAACUAGUAAUUACCAGUGGGAGUUUUAUGGGGGAUCUGCUACUGCAAAUGUUACUGGAUAGCAUCCUAUAUCUAGAACGUAGCCUCUAUCUGAGGGUAGUGCCAAAUGAGACUGCCUUUCAAACGUCACAGUUGCCUAUAACCCUGCCCAGGAUUUCCAUUUGUGUGCUUAAAAGUAAGCAUGCAUUGGACUAACAGUUAUAAACCUGCCUGAACACUUUGGAAGCUAUGUUUUGGGGGGCAGUUUGAACCAGUGUAAAUUCUUCUUAAAUUUAUUCUCAUUUUAUUUACAUUUUCCUUUGGUGGUUGCUAUCAAGGUUUCUUUGCAGGCAAAGACAGUUUCUGAUAUGCAGUGGAGAAGAAAGGGGUUUUAUCUUCCCUGUGUGAUUGCUUUUGCCACAGUUCCACUAGUCUCUUAGUAUAGGCGGCUGAUGGAUUCCCCCCCCCCCCGUGCUAGUUUUUGUUAGUACAAGACAUGGAACAUGCUAGGAUGAGCUAUAUCUCGGGUUACAGAUCACGGAUUAACGGGUUUAUAAUGUACUUGUCAGAAAUACAAGGCCAGUUUCACAUUUAAUCAUACCCAGAAAGUAUUGCCAUUAAUUUGACAUUGAAUUGCAAAGUGUUUUUAUUUUUAUGCCUGCCUGUUUUAUUUUUAAUUUUUUCAUAAAAUGUGUAGUAAAUGGUGGUGGGAUUUUGUGUGGUAGAUGAUAUGUACCUCAACCAUGUACCGAAUGUAGGCAGUACAUUUUUCUCUGUUCUUCUUGUUGUCAUUUUUUAUUGAUCCCUUUACAGAAAAGUAUUUGUAGUGGGACUCUUUGUUUCUAGUAAGGUGUUUUUUUUAGUGCCUUAAAUCAGUUGGAAGAAACUUGGAUCGUUUUAGGCCAUCCUAUUUUCAAGAGUUCAAUAGCAGUUAGAAAUGUGCCUCUGUGUGUGUGUGUGUGUGUGUGUGUGUGUGUGUGUGUGUGAGAGAGAGAGAGAGAGAGAGGCCAUUGCUAGAUGGGGUGAUAUCCUGGGGUGAUCCCUGGGAUUGUCCCUGUGCGUUCACAUGAUGCACAGGGGAUCCCGGGAUCCAGGAGGGAUGAUCUCUCCCUUGCCCUGGGAUCUUGCCCUUGCCUUUGUGCCCUCUUUUUCCACGGUCUCGGGCUGAUCCUGAGACCACAGAAAGUGUAGCCCGCUGUUGUCCCGGUUACUUGCGAGGAGCUGGGACCCGCGCAUGGGAUGCAGAGCUCCUGAGGAGCUCUGCACCCAUCAGGAGUGGGGUGGGAGGAGCAGGGAAAAUUGUUUUGUUUUGUUUGUUUGUUUGUUUUAAAAAAGACUUAUGUUCUGUGCUCAUGUGCUCCUUCUUUAAAACAAAAAAAUGGCGGCCGCAAUGUUGCGCGCCGCGUGUAGACCAAUGUGACGAUCUCGCGAUCAUAAAAUCGCAAGAUCGUCGCGGAACAACCCCCUGGUCUAGCUGAGGCCAGGAAGAGAGAGAGAAUUUUUGCUUACUUUGCUGACCAAACAUGUAUGCCCCAUUUUAAUGAAAAGAAAUAUGAGGCCUUGUAUCAUGCAGCCCAAUAUUUUACAUAUUGCAUAUUUACUCAGAAGUCUCACCAAGUUCAGUAGGGCCUUAUUCCCAGUAGACAUACAUAGGAUUGCAGCCUUUGAGAUCUGCAUCUCUUCAGAAGCCAAACUCCCAAGCAGGCAACAUGGAAGUGGAAUGGAGACCAUUUCUUCUUCAUCUUCUCCCUUAUCAGUUCCUGCUUGGCAUUUCAAAUGGUAAACAAAGCAUGGCUAUUUUCUUCCCUGGAUUAAUAUAAGCUACUGGUGUAUUAAAUUUUCUAAUUUGGGUGAGUUUGCUUCACUCAAGUGAUAAGGGCCAGGCCACCAAGACCUCCAGUAUAAAUACUUCCUGUAAAUUGAAUACUACAGCAAUAGGUCAAGGUUGGCUUGGGCCAUGAACCUUCAUAUAAUGAAAAUGAGCUGCCAAUUUGCAACAGUCAUCAACUUUGCUGGGUUUUAUUACGUGGGUUUGGGUUUGGUUUGGGUUUUAAUUAUAGCAGGUUUAACCAAAAUCUUAUCCAAAGAGUAGUUAAGACAUGAUCAUGGGAUUAUUUAUUUGGAUUUAAGGAGAAAUCUUUAACUUGAUAAGACAUAAAAUAUAAAAACAUCUAAGCAACUGUCUAUGGGAUUUUACUUACGAUUUCCAACUGAAGAUUUUAUUCAUUAGUGGGACUGAUUAAAAGGGAAAUAAUGAGAGCUUAUUUUUAGCCAUUCAGUAAUAUACACAUGCCACUAUGGGAGCCAUCUUUACAGCUAUUCCUUGAGGGGGAAAGACCUUGCUUACAAUUAUGUAGCGCCUACCUAGGCAUCUGAAAAACCACUCUUACAAUGCUUGUGAGAAUGGUAAAUGACGAGAGCUACAAAAAGCCACAGUAGUAGUGACAGUGCAGUUGGGCAUAGGUUGAAUCCAGAAAUGGACUGAAGAAUUAAAGUGUAUUCUGUGCUUGCCAUUCAUCUCUGGAGGAAUUAGUUCUAAAGGCAAAAAUCUAUCAUCAGUAGAAUGUGUCUUUACUUUGUGUUACACAUGGUACUGUUUCUGAUUGCAGGUUGCAUCUGCAAGUGUGUGUAUUUUGUCCUCUGUUGCUACAACUAUAGUGAAAAAAGUCAGAUCACUCAGAUGUUCUAAUCUAAUACCAGCAGCAACAAAGUAUUUUAUGUUGCAACUGUCAGCUGUUUUAUCUUGCUACACUUGGGCAGAAGUUGUGGUAUUACUAUAUCAAUGCUAUUUUGAUGUGACUGAAUAAAAUUGUGUUGAAGACUG